UUUAGCUCGGUUAUUUAUUUUGACUUAUUUGUUGUGACGGGGGGUCGGUUCUGUUUUCGUUGAGUUUGGUUUUGUUUUAGAAGACAGAAAAUUAAUUAGGUAUCUAAUUACACAAUAAAUUGUGAACAGCCUAGGAUCGCUGUCUCCAAUGAUUGUCUGGUGAUAUUCAAGUUAUAGGAAUUUUUAUCUGUUUCAUUUGUUGAUUUAUUGGAAAUUGACUGUCAUCCAGAUAAAAGAAAGUCGAAAGAAAUAUCUAUUGGAGAGUAAAAAUCUCAGGUCAUUCAAUCAUCUGUUACAAUUUUGAUUGUCAAUCAAAAAUCUAGGAUUAACCGAAAUUUUCAUCAUCUAAAUAUCUUUUUUGGUUCAUUCACGUAUCUGACAUUCUUUGGCAAUGUGCAGUCUGUUAUUUUCUCGCCAGGUUUGAGUUCAUUCUAGAGUAAAAUGUGAUAUUUGCUAGGUAGUUUAUGAUUCACGAUGACAUAAUGAUGCAUUUUAUUCAUAACCGAUGAAUGAAAUUCGUGAUGUCUGACUCAAUACUGUACUUGAUCAAGUAAAAUUAGAUCGAAAUAAUUGGCAAGCGGACCAUAAGAGCCCAUCAAUAUGGAUCCAGCCUCAGUGAUAACUCUUUGCAAGGAGAACAUUCAACCAUUGAGACAUGGAAGAAAUGCAACCCAACUGGGUACAGCUCUACGAGCGCAGGAAGAUGCUGAAGCCCAGCAAUUGCUCCUCCAAGAAAAACAAAAAUACGAGGAUGCAAUAAAAAAUUACGAAGGUGACGAUCCACUGGAAAUGUGGUAUGAAUACAUUCUAUGGGUUGAACAGAGCUAUCCAAAGAGUGGACAUGAGUCUCACAUUGGUAAAUUACUACAGCAGUGCUUGGCUGCAUUCGAGAAGGAAACCAAAUAUCAUCAAGAUCGUAGAUACAUUAGGUUAUGGAUUAAUUAUAUUAGUAUGCAGAAAAAUCCCCUAGAACUCUAUCAACUCCUGUACAACAACGGCAUUGGUACAAUGGUAGCGGACAUGUAUCGAGCCUGGGCAUUCGAGUUGGAGCAAGUGAACGACAACAAACGAGCUGACGAAGUUUACGAUCUAGGUAUAAGAGCUGGAGCAGAGCCUCGAGAUGAGUUGAACCACGCCCACGCAAAUUUCCAAUUUGCAGUUGCUCGCAAGACCCUUGGGCGAAUGGAGGAGCGCAACGAGAUAUCUCUCCUAGAGCAGCGUCAGGCCUUCUCCUCCUUACGGGCCAUAAAAUCCGGCAGACGUGCGACACACGUUAGAACGGGCCAACGUGUGAGGGACUAUCAGCCAGGAGUUGUUCCUCAAGGCUCUCAAGUACAAAUCGGCAAGGGUAACGCAAAAAUCCAGAUUUAUGAAGAUGAACCUGCUCCCUUGGAGCAUCGAGGAGCCAGUAUCCUAGAUCAUGUACCCAUCGAGGAAGCUGUUCACAAAGAAAAUACAAUAAAAGCUGGACCAUGGAGUAAUGCCGCUAGGAAGCAUCCUCUCAUUCCACCAACAGCUAAAACAUCAUUUAAAAUUCACGAAGACAGGGCUGACGGCAAUUUCGAUAUGGAGAAGUUGCAUUUGUAUCCAAAUCACGUGACAUUUUUUGAUGGCAGUAACUAUCCAGAACACAAGACAGUUCCAGUUUUCGUCCCUGAACAACCAUCAGCAAUUGUGACAAAAACAUUUUAUCCCAAAGAUUUAGUUUACGCGAAUAAUAUGGAUCGUAGUAUGGAGGAGAUACGUGCUGAGCGUUAUUUCAAGCAGAGAAGAAUGCACGAGAAGAUGUAUUACGAAAAUUCCGAGGGUUUGAUGAAUGGACGAAAUAUGCAGCCACCGAAUGACAUGGAAAGAAGGAAUUUUGGGAAUGAAGAAAUGGAGAGGUUAAAGUUUGAAGUGGAGCAAAAACGUGAGAAAGAGAGACUUGAGGCUGAACAGAGGGAAAUGGAGAGGAGGCAAGCGGAGCAGAUGGAGAUGGAGCGACAGAGGCUAGAAGAAAUGGAGCGACAGAGGCUAGCAGAGAUGGAGCGAUUGAGGAGAGAAGAAAUUGAGAGGCAGAGAAGAGAAGAAAUGGAACGACAGAGAAGAGAAGAGAUGGAGCGCCAGAGAAGAGACGAAAUUGAGAGGCAGAGACGAGAGGAGAUGGAGCGUCAGAGACAAGAGGAAAUGGAGCGUCAACGACGGGAAGAAAUCGAGAGGCAGAGAAUUGAAGCUGAACGAAUUGAGGCCGAGAGAAUCGAGAGCCAAAGAAUGGAAGCUGAACUGAGUGGCCAACGUAAGCUACCACAAAAUUAUCUACAUCAUACAUCAGCCAACAGCAGUUUGGAUCCUUCUAUGGAGCAUCUCCUUGGACAAAGCAUAACUGUGAAUACGAAAGAGGCAAUGUCAGUCGUUCAGGAUCUCUGGCAUUCGCCUAACGAUACUGGCUCUCCAAUCGUUCCUACUCCGAUACAGCAUAGAAUGGCUGACUCUCGAGCCAAAUUCAGCUUUGACAUUCACAUGGACAGUUCCAUGACUCAGAAUGUCGCCAUGUCAUCCAGUAAACACCACAACAGUUACAUCCCACCAUAUCACGAUCAGGAAAAUCAAUUUGCUGCUGGUUUCUCACAGAAUCAUCACCAAUCGUUUCGUAAUCAUGGCAUACCUGAUCCUUACCAGUAUCAAACCCAUCAAGUACAGAUGCAAUCCCCUGGUAUAUCACCAAUGCACAUGAUGCAGUCACCACAAAUUCAUCAUUCAGUUCAGCAUCAUUAUUCACAGCAGAUUCAGUCACCACAAAUACCACAUCAUCAGUCACCUCAUAUGCACAAUCUGCAGAGUCCUCAUCAACAUCAUCAGCCACAUCACCAUCAGCCUGUGCAGAAUCACCAUCAUCAACCUCAUCCACCCCAUCAUGCAUCCCCUCACCAGCCUCAUCAACAACAUCAUCAAUCUCAAGUGAUGCAUCACAUGUACAAUAACAUGCAUCAGGGUAAUGUUCGGUAUACUAUGCAACAACAACAUCAACAACAACCACAACAACAACAACAGCAUGAGCAACAAUACCCAAUAAUGCAGUCACCACAACAACCCCAGGAUCACAUUGACCCUCGCAAGCGGAUGCAAUUCCAACCUUUCGUUGAUAUUCAGGGUGAGGGUAAAUCUUAUAGAAUGCCAGAAUUGCCUUACAUCAAGUCACCAGGUAUGAACAGGCGUGAUCUCAAGUACCUGGACAGUACAGAUAACAAAGAGAAUGCCUCUGCUGCUGGAUAUAGCAGUGGUUUGGAAGACAAACAAGAUAAUUUGUUUAUUGAUGAGAGUCUGGGAAUAGCUCCUUUGAAUGAAGUUGACGAUACUUGCUUCACUGAUGGCUUCAGUGGGCCGCUGACCAGUUCAACUCCCAUGACAAAUCAAUUCAGACCAUCGACUUGUAGAAAUAAAGAUACACCCCAGUAUCAAGUGCCUCAGGUGCACCUUAAUCCACCAGUGAUACCGGAGAUUCAGACACAGAGCGAUCCUGAUGAAAAACUAAGUGUUAUCAUGGAAUCUACCAGGGAGUAUAUAUCAAGUAGUUCUGGGAGUAGUGUGAGAACUGGUGGCUUUGGUUUCGCAACUCGUGAAGAUCUUGGAGUCAUUCAAGAACAGUCAACACAGGAUAUUGAUUCCACUGAAACACUCCUGGGAAAUCAUAACUCCUGUGAUCAAUCACUGAGGGCUAAAAUUCAGGUUGUCGAUGCGCAAAGUCCCAGGACUGUGCAGAGAAAUGUUGAUCACAUAACUUCGGAGAUCAAUCACUGUGAUUUGAGGAAACCCUUGAAUCUUGAUGGGGAGGUGAAGAAUGAGAAGAAAAAUGAGGGCAAAAUGGAAUGCUCAUUUAAUGAGCCCAUGGAGGAGGUCGAAGAGGAGGAGUUUGUUCUGCCUACUGGGGAUAUUAAUCCAUUUGACAAGACUCUCAUUUCGGGAUUGUUGAGAAAAGCUAAAUUUCCACGUGUUCAUCAUUCUAAUGGUUAUCACAGAAUGAAUAUGAAUUUGAAUAAGAUGCAGCCAUCGAGCGUUGUUAAUUUGGGAACAGAUACGUAUGAGCUAGAGAAGACACUUGGAAAGGGUACUUAUGGGACCGUUAUGAAGGCAUUGUGUAUUCAAACUGGUCAAGCGGUUGCUUUGAAAACUCAGAGGCCAGCAUGGGUCUGGGAGUACUACAUUGCACGUGAGAUUAAAUCGAGAAUAACAAAUCCUCACAUGUUGAGGGGUUUCAUGGAUAUUUCGAAGGCCUAUGUGACUAAUAAUGCCAGUGUUUUAGUCUCAGAAUACUCGAAAUAUGGUACAUUGUUGAGUGUUACCAAUCAGGUGAAGGUUGCCACUGGUAAACCACUGACUGAAGCACUCUCAAUAACUUUUACAUUGGAAAUGCUACAGAUUGUCGAGUACCUACACAAAUGCCAAAUCAUUCAUGGUGAUAUUAAGCCAGAUAAUUUUCUUCUCAUGCAUCUACCGACUGAGGAUGUUAGACCUACGAUACAACUAAUUGACUUUGGAUGCAGUAUUGACAUGAGUUUAUUCCCAGAGGGAACUAAAUUCACGCAGAUGAUUAAAACAGAGGACUUCACCUGUAUUGAAAUGCAGACGGGAAGACCGUGGACGUAUCAGACAGAUCUGUAUUGUUUAGCUGCAUCUGCACAUUGUUUACUACUUGGGAAUUAUAUGAAGGUUAUUCAUACGGGAGAGAAAUGGUUUAUAACUGCUAAAAUGCCUAGAUACGUUAAAAGAGCAGCGUGGGAAACAUUCUUCACUGAACUCUUGAAUAUUGAAUCCUGUGACAAAAUGCCAGACCUGAGUGCUCUACGCAGUAUGAUGGAAGAGGCAUUAGCUAACACUCCGAAUCACGAUUCGCAGUUUCGAAAUUUCGCUAAUGUUUUAAAUGGACGAUAACGCUUACAUAUUUUUCCAGCCAAGAGUAAAAGUAAAGUAAGAAGUAAAAGGCGAAAAAUUUGAAGAGAAUAUAAAUUAAGUGGACUGUGCACGUACCUUGUGACGAGGAAAUAAUUCAUGUACAAUUGGAAGUUAUGAUUACUAUGAUUAUUCUGCUAUUUAUUAUCAAUGAAACAUCUAUUACGAUGGUGUAUACAGUCGAGUUAUUUUCAAAUGGAGAUAAUUUUUCAGCAUUCUCUGAUAAAUUCGUACAUUCUCUGAUAUUUACAUUUUUUGAUGAAAAAAAUACUUAUCCUGCUAUUUAAAUUCUUUCAGCUAAACUCAUCAACAGUUUUUGAUAAAUUUUCAAAUUCAGUCAUUUUUUUUGCGUAAAAAUAAAUACGAUGGAUGAAAUGUUCAUGUAAUUUUUUGCAGCAUCCACAGAACCAAUUUUAUCUCAUGUUAUACAAUAGGACUAUCAAUGCUAAACUAAAAUAAAAAACGUUGAUAAAUAGAAAGAAAGAAAGAAGUUUUUUUUCAUGAUCCAGCGUUGGAUUUUAUAAAAAAAAUAAAAUUACAUGCUGAAAGAUUAAAUGAUUGAAUUAAUACAAUGAGUGACAAGAAAAAAAUAUAUAAAAUAUUAUUUGGGAAUAUGCCUUAUCUUACUUUGACAGUGCAACGAAGAUUAAUAUUUUCUAGUUAAUUGGAUAUUGUUUAAUUAAAGGAAAAAGCGGGCUUUACCUGUUAAAUGUCACGAGAUUUGAGAACGAAGAAUCAGAACUCAGACAUUCAGAGUAUUUUUUAAAUUUUUAUUAAAAUUAUUUUAUAGUUCUUCAUGCAUCUACACUUGACCGAUGGCAAGUUGCUUUUAAUCAAUUUAAUGGAAAAUUUUUGAUAUUAUCUACGAUGCACUGUCACGAAAGUGAGUAUACUGACUUCUCAUGUUAUAAUAGUUAUUAAGAAACAUUGUAUUAUUAAAAAUAUGAAAUCUUAUAAAUAUAGAUAUUUACAAUAAUUCA